CCUGACCCACAGCUAUAUCGCGCCGCUGCUAUCACGACGCGCCCACGAUUCCACGUCUAUCUCUUCCGCUCUGCCUCUGGCGCGCCUGCUGUCUUGAAAACCCUGGUUUCUUGUAUUACCGUUUACGUGAAUAAAAACAAUUGCAUGGGGGUUUAAACCUUGCUUUUGGUGUUUGUAUUUCUGCUUAGGGUACUCCAUGGUUAAUUUUUUUUCUUGUCGCGGCUGUCUCUUUUGCAGCAGCCCACGCGUGCGUCAUGGCACCUGCGUCUGGGACUGGCCAUGUCAUGUAUAUCUUGUCCUAGGUUUUUCAUCGUUUGUCCGUACGGAGUGGAUUGUUCUCGAUUCUGCGCCACGCACCGCCGCACCGCACCUCGUUGCGAUUGCUGCAGCGGCGGCGGCAGCAGCAGCAGCAUAUUAUAUUGUUAAUCCCAUAGAGAGAGCGUUCGUUGGUUCGGGGGCGCGCCUUUGCUUGCCGUUAGAGUCGAGUCUUUUUGUGUUGGUCUGGCUCUCUGGUAAUAUUAUAGGCGGCAUGGAAUUGAAUGGAGGUUUGGGGUUCUUGGGUCGCUGCUUCAUUGUAUGGAUGGUUUGGCUUGCAUGCAGCAACAGUACAAUACGAUACAAACCUACGUACCUACCUAGGUGCUCGUGAAAUGCUUGCUGGGUGGAUAGCCAUGGCGCUCUUGAUCAAACCUUGGGUUCUGGCGUAACGUGAACGUGUAUUUGCCUUGCGUCUCUGUCGGUCGCCUACCUCGUGCUUGGGAUAACCCCGUCUCUCGAGCAACAUGUAAACGCAAACUACAUGGUUUCACAAAAGGGGUCAUUGCCUUUUUCUUGCCAUUCCUCUGGUAGAAACUAUACAUUGCUUGGAUGGAGCUUAGCAUGAGACAGCUAGACCUAGUU